GUGAUGAGUUGGGAUGAGAACUACCUCUUCGCUAGGGAGGAACGAGAUGUCUAGUCCAAUAUUUGUUCCAGGCGCAGUCAAGACCGGCAUGAUUGCAGACUUGAGCUCCUCCGUUGUGAGGCCAAAUCGAACAUUGCUAACAAGGAAGGCAUUUUGUGGAUCGCCUACAACAUUGCUCGCUUUGGCUUUGGUUUUCGCUGUCUCAUUUGUUGCUUGCUGUGUCAUAGCUCGUUGGUUCUGACGAAUUCUCGCGCACUCGGCAAGUGUCUUCAUAGGUGCCAUUACAAAGCGUGGAGUCUUGAAGAGAGCAACAUGUCGAUGCGGCUCAGGAUCCAUGCUCUCGCAGUCAAAGCCAAAAUCUGCAGCAAGAGCAUGCAUGAACGCUCGCUCAUGGCGCUUCAUUGGCUUAAAGCGCAUGCGCUUAGCAUCUGGAUCAGCAGCAAAGGCCCGAAACUCCUUUUCCUGCAGAUGAGCCCAUGUUGGGUUCUCUAAGUACAUAUUCAAGGUUUCCGUCUGGUACGGAACGUGGUCAUCUUGUCGUUUUUCAGGGUCGAUAUUGAGCGCUAGGGCAAGUUUGCGGUUUCUUUCAAGUCGUGAACAUUCAUCAUCGCACUUCAGACUCUUCAAGGCAUUUCCGUCCCCGCUCUUGCUCGCUCCACAUCUUGCUUCUUGCUUAAUGCGUUGACAAUCGCAAGUAAUGAAUAUCUUAUGCUGACACGACAUGACUUCUGUUUCCCGCAAGUUUGCUGACACGACUGACCAACAUCUUCACAUUCUCCAGGCUUGUGACAAGUUCUUCGACAACGAUGGAAGCCACACUUCAAUUUACGACCGCAAAUUUCUCCGCAUUGGAUGUCCUGUCGCCAGCACGGCUGGUUCUUCAGCUGGUUUUUGCCGCACAAACAAGGUUUCGUCGUUAGGAAAGGACACUUAGGACAACUUUCGUCGUCCUGAUGACAGCUGUGAGGAACCUGAGCAUGACCACAAUCCCUCUGCCUCUCGCACUGAAACAAGCAAGGAGGAGGGCGUGUGCCGCAAGGUAGAGGUGGCUGGAGAACGGUGCGACCACAAUGGCAAGCAAUUUCGUCGAAUAUAGCUUCGCGGCAAGUUCUACACGGUCCCUUAUGACAAAGCUCGGAACAUGUAUGAUUGCCACAUCUUAGAAGUCGCCCACAAAUGCGUGUGCAGAUAUGCUCAGCCUCAAAGUCAAUUGGAGGCGGGCCAUCAUUCAAAGCUCGGGGUUUCCGCCUUUGGCGCUCCACUGCCUUUCUUUCUCCCGUACAGCAAUGCUCACCACAUUCAUGUCGUCCGCAAUUUAACGUAGCUUUGCAUGUCCGCCUGCACUCUGGCAGCUCGAUGUUGCCUUGGUGGCAAAGCGUUUUUAAUGAAGUGCGCCCGCAUCGACAGGAGAUUGGCACAGUCUUUGUGCAAGGAGGACAGUCUCCUGAAUGACAGAUUCCAUGGCAUUGAUGGCCACAAGCCAAUUUCUUCUCACACUCCUUUUGGCAAGAUUGGAUCUCAUCAGCACAAGUUCUCCUGACCUUAUCAGUCAAAUCAGCUAGGAGAGAUUUUCCACAGGGGCAAUGUGUGACAACGUCGGGAGAUAGUGGACAAUGUGGGACAGAUUCUUCUUGCUGGUGGCAAGGCUUCUCACAAAAGUGUUUUCCGCAAUCGAAUGGCCUCCCACAGACAUUUUGGCAUUGGAAUGUAGCGGUCCAUUCUUCUGUAAACAUAUCGCCCGCCUUGCUAACAUGGGUCUUUCGGCUUUUCCUUUCUGGACCUCGAUCGCAACAAAGGACAACCUUCUCCUCUCGACCACAGUAGCAUCUAGCAUGGACUCUGACUUCGCAUGCACCACAGAACCCUUCGUGGCAGGGUUUUUCGCAUACGUGCUCACCGCAAGGCAAGAUUUCUCCACAUACCUGACCACAAGUCCAGCCCUUUCUAUAGUCGGUAUCCACACAUCGCCGUUUAACAAUUCCACGACCACAGAAGCAACGCUGAGUUGGUCCCAUUCUUGGGCAAGGUGGACAGGGUCCUGAAUGGCAAAUGAGCGCACAAGGAUGUGGGCAGUCCUUGGGUGCUAUGUGGUUUCUCGCACAAGUCUGUCCACAUGAGAACGGGGGUAGCCCGGGUAAGGACUUUGGAUCAACUUCUUUACCACACCAGCAGGUGAAAUUGCCAGGUAGGGCGUCUUUGGGUAAAUUGCAACCUGGACACCUCCACUGUCGCAGCGGAGGCAGCGAACCAUCUUGCUCUUCUCUCUGUUGAAUUGCAGAACCUUCCGAAGAAGCCCACUUUUUAAUACAAGACAUGUGGAAAACAGACCAGCA